AUGGAAACUUCAGACUUCUGUGAGGUCCCGUCCCGCAUUGGGUGGCGCCGUAUGGCACGUGCUGAUUAUUGGAGGUUUGCUGGUUGCGGUAUAUUUGCCCAAAGGAAUGGUGCCCCGAGUAUCUGGAAAGUUUCCGAGUCCGGUGGAAAGAGGCUGGUGGAAUGGUGA